AUGUGGCCGGGCCAGGCCAUGACCCUCAAGGUCAAUCAAGUCCUGCACCACGAAAAGUCGAAAUACCAAGACGUCCUGGUCUUCGAGAGCAGUGACCACGGUACCGUCCUUGUCCUCGACAACGUCAUCCAGUGCACUGAGCGGGACGAAUUUUCAUACCAAGAGAUGAUCACACACCUGGCGAUGAACUCCCAUCCAAAGCCGCAGAAAGUCCUUGUCAUUGGCGGCGGGGAUGGAGGCGUGCUUCGAGAGGUCAUCAAGCACGAAACCGUCGAGAAGGCCAUCCUGUGCGAUAUCGACGAGGCUGUCAUCCGGGUCAGCAAGAAGUACCUUCCUGGCAUGUCCAUUGGAUACCAACAUCCUGCGGUCGAGACAUUCAUCGGGGAUGGCUUCAAGUUUCUCGCGGAUCGCAAGAACGAGUUCGAUGUCAUUAUCACGGACAGCAGCGAUCCCGAAGGGCCUGCAGAAACGCUUUUCCAGAAACCCUACUUUGAACUCCUCUAUGGAGCCUUGAAAGAUGGUGGUGUUAUAACUACCCAAGCCGAGAACCAAUGGCUUCAUCUGCCACUCAUCACCAAACUCAAGAAAGACUGCAAGGAAGUCUUCCCGGUCGUCGAAUACGCCUAUACAACGAUCCCCACAUAUCCUUCCGGCCAAAUCGGUUUCAUGGUCUGCUGCAAGGACCCGCACCGAAAUGUCAAGGAACCCCUGCGAUCAUGGAGUACUGAGGAGGAGGAGAAGUAUUGCAAGUAUUACAACAAGGAAAUCCACAGAGCGAGCUUCAUCCUGCCUACCUUCGCACGCAAAAUGCUGAAGUAG